AUGUCUGAAAAGGCGAUCCUUGUCACCUCUAAUGGCAUCAUAAUUCACACGCACGCUCUUGCUUCUCCGAUGCCCCUCCACGUCCAACCCCUCCUCCUCCUCCUCCUGCUCCUCCUCUUGGCCACCUCGCUUCCCGCCCGUGCCAUCUCCUCCUCUUGCGCCGGCCGCGACGACGCGGCCAUCGUCGCCGCCGCGUUCCGGCACGUGCGCAACUUCCGCGCCCCGAGAGCCAAGGCGGCAUGCCAGCCGGUCCGAGAGCUCCGCCUCCCGUCGCGGAACCUCACGGGCGCGGUGUCCUGGGCGGCGCUGGCGAACCUGUCCGCGCUCGCCGCGCUCGACCUCUCGGGCAACGCGCUGCAGGGCGCCAUCCCGGGCCGGUUCUGGCGCGCGCCGUCGCUCCGCGCGGUCGACGUCUCCCGCAACCAGCUCGGCGGCGCGCUCCGGGUGGAGGAGCCCAACCCGCGUCUCCAGUCGCUCCACGUGUCCGGCAACCGGUUCACGGGCGUCGACGGCGUGGAAGCGCUUUCGGGGCUCGUCGCGCUCGACGUGUCGGCGAACAGGAUCCGGGCCGUGCCAAGGGGUCUGCGGCGUCUGACGCGGGUGGAGCGGCUCGACCUGUCCUCCAACGCGAUGCAGGGGAGGUUCCCCGCCGACUUGCCGCCGCUCGGUGAGGUGCGUUCGUUGAACGUCUCGUACAACAGGUUCUCCGGCGUCGUGGACACGGGCGCCGUCGAGAAGUUCGGUCGCUCGGCGUUCGUACACGCCGGCAAUGCGUCGUCACUGGUGUUCUCGGACAACUCGACGACAGCGCCACGGCGGCCAUCACCUCCUAGUCCUCUUGGGAAAAGUAAAAAGAAGGGUGGUUCUGGGACGACGACGGCGACGGCGACGGAGAGCAAGACGAAGAGGAGGAGCAAGAAGAGGAGGCAUCGUCUGAGCAUCGUGGCGGUGGCGGUGAUAUGCGGGGUGGCGUCCCUGGCCAUGCUGCUCUGCCUGGUCGGGUGCGUGGCGUGCGGCGCGCUGAGGUGCAGGCGCCGGCAGAAGGGAGGCAAAGACGACGAGGAGAAGAAGCCACGAUGGGGCGAGAAGGGCGACGACGACGACGACGAGAAAGAGGAGGACGUGGUGGUCGCGGCGGCGAGGGGUGCGUCGUCGGCAGCGCCCGUGGUGCUGUUCGAGCGGCCGCUGAUGCAGCUCACGCUGGGCGACCUGGCCGCGGCCACGUCCGGCUUCGGCCGCGAGUCCCAGCUCGCGGAGCGCGGCGGCCGCAGCGGCGCCGCGUACCGGGCCGUGCUCCCCGGUGACCUGCAUGUCGUCGUGCGCGUCGUGGAGGGCGCCGUGGCCGGGCGCCUAGGCGACGACGACGAUGACAACCCGGCGGCCGCUGCCACCGCGUUUCGGGAGCUCGCGCGCCUCCGCCACCCCAACAUUCUUCCUCUCCUUGGCUACUGCAUUGCAGGCAAGGAGAAGCUACUACUUUACGAGUACAUGGAGAAGGGCGAUCUGCACCGGUGGCUGCACGAGCUGCCAGCGGGGCGGCCGGACAUGGACGACGCGGGCAGCGGCGACAUCUGGGAGGCGGCGGAGGUGAAGCGGUCCAUCUCCGACUGGCCGACCCGGCACCGCAUCGCGCUGGGUGUAGCCCGGGGCCUGGCGUUCCUGCACCAGGGGUGGGCCGGCGGCGGCGGCGGGUCGGCGGUGGUGCACGGCCACCUGGUGCCGACCAACGUCCUGCUGUGCGACGACCUGGAGCCCCGGAUCUCAGACUUCUUCGGCGGGCACAAUGGCCCGCCGUCGUCGUCGGCGGCGGCGACGGCCGAGGGCGACGUGUACGCGUUCGGCGUGCUGGUGCUGGAGCUGAUGACGGGGCAGGCCGGGUGGGACGAGGCGUCGGUGAGCUGGGCGCGGGGCAUCAUCCGCGACGGCAAAGGGCUGGACAUCGUGGACCCGAGGGUACGGGACGAGGCCGCCGGCGCGGAGGCGGAGGCGGCGGCGGCCGAGCGGGAGAUGGUGGAGUGCCUAAGGGUGGGGUACCUCUGCACGGCGCACUCGCCGGACAAGCGGCCGACGAUGCAGCAGGUAGUGGGGGUGCUCAAGGACAUCCGGGCGGCGCCUUCUCCCACGCCCGGGCAGGGCAGCUGAUCGAGCGCCAUCGAUCCACCAAAUCAUCAUCAGUGUGCAUGAGUAGUACGUGUGAUGGACACAUGCAUGCGCCACGCCGCCACCGGCACCGGCACCGGCACCGGUGGUGUCCCUUGCACGAAGCGGCGGCGGGGCCAGUGGCCGUCGUCCCCCUCCCGAUCGAGAGGUCAUCCAUGGUCCAUCCAUGGAUCGAGAAGAGCAGCUUUGGCUGGUGCGCCGUGCCCUGGUUGGUUGCCUGGUGUAGUGUGUGGACCAGAACGAGAACCAUGCAGACCUCGUAGUUUGUACUUUUGCUACUACAGUAUGUGCAUGUGUAACAGUUUUCCUUGCCGGUACCGGUAACAACAGUUGGUUUUCGUAUACCAUUUCGUGCCUGCCA